AUGACGCUCACUUCGCCCUCAGCAUGCCUGCGGUUCGUGCAGCGUAUCUGUCGUUCGUUCCAGUCCAUCUCGGGUCACGAUGCAGUCACCAUUCCCCAGCUCAAGAUCAACAGCGCCCGGCCAGGCUUUGUCGCAGCCACGUUUACCAUUGGCAAGCACAACCUCAACCGCCUAGGCUCGCUGCAUGGAGGUUGCAUCGCCACACUCACCGAUACUAUGGGAUCCCUAGCCAUCGCAUCCAAAGGGCUCUAUUCGACGGGCGUUAGCACGGAUAUCAACACGACCUACGUCAAGGCUGCAGGCACCGCAGGUACCACGAUCAAUGUCCAGGCCCAUCUCAUCAGCAUGGGCAAGACGCUGGCGUUUACAAGGGUCGAGUUGCUCCAUCAAGACAGCGGUCAGCUACUGGCGUAUGGAAGCCAUACAAAGUACAUCAAGGCCGCCAUGAGGGAUGCUGAAAACGUCACUUUUGAUCCCGACGGUCAGAAUGUGGUCGAAGGAAAACAACCCCAAGAAUGGAAGUAG